AUGCGGCUUUCACUCUGGCAAGCGGACCUGCGAGAGCACGGUGUUCUCGCGCAAGGUUUACUGGCCUACACUAGACACGAUUGUGAAACAUUUGUCAAGAAGUGUAUCUCCGGUCAGGCCCAUGGUCACGACAUCCAUGCACCUCCCGAAGAUUUGCACAAAUUGUCUCUCCUUGGCCGUUCUCAGUGGGGUCUUGACAUAGUUGGACCACUGCCGAUCGCCAAGGCCGCAAAAACAAGUUCCUACUCGUGCGGUCGACUACUUCACAAAAUGGAUAGAGGUCGAGCCGUUGUCCAUUAUCAGUGCCCAACGAGUGCAGAAAUUUAUUUGGCACCUCAUCUGUCAGUUCGGUCUCCCCAGAAGAUCAUCACCGACAAUGUCGCCAUUCAUCGAACGCAAUCGAGCAACCCUCAAACAAACGGCCAAGCCGAGGCCGCAAACAAAGCCAUUCUGACAGAGUUGAAGAAGGACUUGGUGAAGCCAAAGGUUUAUGGGGGAAGAGCUACCAGAGGUUCUGUGGGCAUACAGAUGCACCCCCAUGGAUCUACAGGGGACACGCCAUUCAACUUAACCUACGGCACUGAUGCCAUGCUCCCAUCGAGGUGGGCGACCCUCAUUGAGGCGUCAUCUCACUGA